GCCUCGUUUUGUUUGUGAAUUGAACACGUAUGACUCAAGGAUCAAAGAUACCGUAUCGCUCUAGGUUCGUCACAAUUCUUUCGCGAACUCCUCGCGCGAUUUAGUCUUCGUUUUUGCCGUUCGACUUGAAGUUGAAGUGCUCCUUGGAUUUCAGUGCGCGCGCCCGGAGCUUCGACAUGACCCCACCUGCUUUCAUACAGUAACAUUUCAAAAUGGCUCCGAAUAUAACGAGCACACCGACGCCUCUGUUUCUGGCGGAGGCGGAAUUGAUUUCUCCUCUGAGGUACCAGAAAACUAAACCGCAAAUUUCAACGCCGUCGUACACAAAACCACCGCAAAAGAAGAGCUCCUCUCAAAACCAAUACCCAUGGCAAAUCGUUUGGCGGAAUGUGAUCGCUUUUGUGUACCUUCACACGGCAGCUCUGUACGGCUUAUACCUUUUCAUCUUUGUCGCUCAUAGAUACACCGUCAUCUGGGGCUUCUUGCUGGGCUCAGUUGGAGCAAUAGGAAUCACAGCAGGAGCACAUCGUCUUUGGGCUCACAAAGCGUACAAAGCCAAAUGGCCAAUGAGAGUGUUUCUCGCCAUGUGCCAAACGCUCGCAUUUCAAAAUCACAUUUAUGAAUGGGUCCGAGAUCACAGGGUUCACCAUAAAUUCACUGACACAGACGCAGAUCCCCACAACUCCAAGAGAGGAUUCUUCUUCUCCCACAUCGGAUGGCUCAUGCUGAAGAAGCACAAGGAUGUGAAAGAGAAAGGAAAAACCGUCGAUAUGUCCGAUCUAGAACAAGACUGGGUCGUCAUGUUUCAGAAAAGGUACUACAUGUUACUUUUGCCUCUCCUGUGCUUCGUGAUUCCGGUAUGGAUACCCAUCCACUUCUGGAAAGAGGACUUUUCUACUUCUUGGUACUGUGCUGGAAUACUCCGCUACACUUUAUCGUUGAACUUCACCUGGUUUGUGAACAGCGUUGCACACAUCUGGGGAAUGAAACCUUAUGAUCGAUUCAUCUCUGCAGUGGACAACAAAAUCGUGGCGGCGCUAGCUUUCGGGGAGGGUUGGCACAACUACCACCACGCAUUCCCAUGGGACUACAAAGCAGCCGAGCUGGGCAACUACCGUCUGAACAUGAGCACCGCCCUCAUCGACUUCUGCGCUAAGCUGGGUCUCGCUUACGACCUGAAGGUGGCCUCCCCGGAGCUGGUCAAGCGCCGAGCCCUGAGAACAGGCGAUGGGACGCACCCAGGAUCAGCCGAAAAACAAGAGGAAGAGGAUGGACAUCAUCACAGCCACGAGAACGCCGUCUGGGGCUGGGAUGACGAAAAUAUGUCGCCCGACGAGCUGAAGUUAGUCAACAUCUUGAACAGGAGCAAACAAGAGUGAUACGUUCCUUGGUGCGUGGCCGCACUAUUUGCUGUCAAACGAAGUUUUGUCGGUUUUUUCUUGGUUCCUCUUUAAUUUAGUGACGUCCUCGUGUAUACUGUCUCCUCUGAUGAGUGGAAGUGACAAACAAGGACUCACAAGGGGAGUCUACGAAGUGACAUCCUGGGAUUGGGUUCAUUUUGCUUGUACAUGAAGAAG